AUGGCCGGAAGGUGGCCCACGCAACUUUGGAACUUCGCCGGAAAAUUUUCUUUGGACAGCUACAGUACUGCCGGAGAUUUUCACUGGGAUUUGGUCGUCGGACAGGUAGAGUAUAAACAGUUAGACAAGCUGCGUAAUGUUCUUUUGAAUGUUCCAUUUGUUGGCUUAACAGCAACUGCUACAGAAAAAGUUCGGAGUGACAUUAUGAACUCCUUGCAGAUGAAAGACCCUCAUGUUGCUAUUGGCUCAUUUGAUCGCAAAAAUCUUUUCUAUGGAGUCAAAUCUUUUAGUCGUAGUUCUCAAUUUGUUGAUCAGCUGGUGGAGGAGAUCUCUAAAUAUGUGGAUAACGCAAAUUCAACAAUAAUAUAUUGUACAACUGUCAAAGACACUGAAGAGAUCUUCAAAUCACUUCAUGAGGCAGGAAUCAAAGCUGGAAUCUACCAUGGGCAAAUGGCUAAUAAAGCACGUGAGGAGUCUCAUAGGUCAUUUAUCAGAGAUGAAUUCUAUGUCAUGGUUGCAACUGUUGCUUUUGGCAUGGGUAUAGAUAAACCAAACAUAAGGUAUGUGAUACACUACGGCUGCCCAAAGAGUCUGGAGUCUUACUACCAGGAAAGUGGACGAUGCGGCAGAGAUGGUAUUCCUUCAGUUUGCUGGCUUUACUACACAAGAAGUGACUUCACAAAAGCUGAUUUCUACUCUGCAGAAGCUCGUUCAGCAGCUCAAAGAAAAGCUAUUAUGGAAGCAUUUUCUGCUGCACAACAUUAUUGCAUGCUGUCAACUUGUAGACGAAAAUAUUUGUUGGAUUACUUUGCUGAUGAGUAUGACCAUGAUGAUUGUGGAAACUGUGAUAUUUGCACUAGCUCAAUGAAGGAAAAGGACUUGUCCCGAGAAGCAUUUCUUCUUAUGGCCUGUAUUCAGUCAUGUGGAGGCCGUUGGGGCUUGAAUCUGCCCAUAGGCAUUCUUCGUGGAUCUCGAACCAAGAAAAUUGUUGACGCUCAGUUUGAUAAGCUUCCAUUUCAUGGUCUUGGGAAGGAGCUAUCUGCAAAUUGGUGGAAGGGACUGGCUUACCAAUUGAUUUCACGUGAUUAUUUGGUAGAAACCUUCAAAGAUAUGUACAAAACUGUGAGUGUCAGUGAAAAGGGUUUGCAGUUUCUAAGAUCAAGUAACCCUGAUCAUCAACCUCCACUGUUUUUGCCGGAGACUCCUGAAAUGGAUCUUCAUGAGAAAAAUAGAGAUACACCCAAUGAAGUGAGUGAAAUCAAUGGUUUGGCUUCAAAGGAAUUUGAAGGAGUUUCACAAGCUGAAACUCAAUUGUACAAAAUGCUUAUAGAAGAGAGAAUUAAGCUUGCCAGAGCUACUGGAACUGCUCCGUAUGCAGUCUGUGGAGACCAAACAUUGAAAAGGAUAAGCUUGACCAGGCCUUCUACAAAAGCAAGACUAGCUAAUAUAGAUGGUGUAAACCAGCAUUUCAUAAAACUGUAUGGGGAUAAUUUUCUUCAAAGCAUUAAGCGUCUAUCAGAAGCUUGCAAUCUUUCUUUGGAUGGGGAUUCAAGCAGUCAAACCUCUGUUCCCAGUAAGAUUGUCACGGUUCCAAGCAAUAAAAAAUUAACACCAGCAAAAUUUGAAGCAUGGAAGAUGUGGCAUGAGGAUGGUCUUACGUUCAAAGAAAUUGCUAAUUUUCCUGGUAGAGCAGCAGCAAUAAAGGAACAAACUGUGCUAGAGUAUAUACUCGAAGCUGCACGAGAGGGAUGCAAAAUGAAUUGGACCAGGUUUUGUGAGGAGACUGGGUUGACAAGAGAGACAUUCUUGAGUAUCCAGAAUGCUGUCUCAAAAGUUGGUAAAGAAAAAUUGAAGCCCAUCAAAACUGAGUUACCAGAAGAGGUAAGUUAUGGUCAGAUAAAGGCAUACUUGACGAUGCAAGAGGCAGGAGUAUCAGCUGAAGUAUUUUCAUCCAAUUAUGAGCGAAGUUGCAAUGGAGAUGAAUGCUUGAAUGAAAUACCAGAUAUACUACAGAGCGUUCCAUCUGACGUGCAGGGAGAUGAUGGCGUAGUUGAAGCACCUGUUGUCACUGGUACAAAGGGUGCUUCUCCUGGGAAGACUGAAGGAGCAGAAUCUCAUCUCCUGACUGAGACGAACAGGAAAGAAGCUGCAUCCAGUGAAGGUGAUUUGCUCAUUCCUACAAAACGCCAAAGGAUCGAAGCAGCAGAAGUCAAAAGUUUUAGGACUCUGGAUGCCACAGAAGAAUCCAUAUUGAGCUGGCUCAAGAACUUUGAUGAUGGGGUCACCCUUUCUGAUCUUUUGGAGCACUUCAACGGGGCCACUGAAAAAUCUUUAUUCGAUCUGCUUAGUUACCUUGAAGGUGAGUUUUUGAUUUAUAGGAAGAACAACCUAUACCAGCUUAUGUAAUCAAUCUUGGGGGAAGAAUUGCUGUAAUUGGUGAACUUAGUUAAUGGCUUCUUUUAAAUCUAUUUCUACUCUGUUAUUUGCCCCCCAUUU